CGCUGGGCGUGGGGCCUCUGUGGUGGUCCUGAUGUGCCCCAUGCCGCAUUGUCUGUAUCUACAGUCAACACAGAGAGCCGCGGCGUGGGGAUCAAGCAGAGUCAGCUCUCUGUGAGCUCCCACAUUGUGCAAGAGGAUGAAUUGUUGAAAGCUGUAAGAAGUAACGAACCAUUGCGUCUAACAUUCACUCUCCACUUAACCGAGAGUACAUCUGUCGAAUGGGAGACUGUAGCGUGGCGCCGUUGUCUAUACAUUCGUGUACCGAGCUGUCUUCUGCCCGAAGGAUCAAAAGAAGGCUUUGUCUCGCUCCUAGAAUACGCCGAAGAGACACUACGCUGCACCAAUAUCAUUGUCUGCCUUCGUAAAGAUAGAUCAGAUCGAGCAAUGCUGGUUCGUACCUUCAUGUUCUUGGGCUUCACGGUCCUGCCACCAACUCAUGCCUUGGUACCGCCAGGCAGUGAUGCUGGUAAUCUCUACAUGCUCUAUGCCAUCGAGUAAUCGGCAAAGCAGUUCGGCCUCUCUCAAAUUUAACGCACAGGUACCGCACCACAUAUAGUUCGAGUUUGAAAUUCUGAAAAGGAAACAAUUGCAAAAUUCUGAAAAAUGAUUCAAUGUUUAUCUUACAUAUUUUUAAGUUUUGCUAUAUGUACAUCAUAAUUUGCAUUUUAUUAAUUUCAAAUUCGGAGAUUUAUAAGUUCCGACAAAAAUUAUUGUAGAAAUUUGACAAUGUGAAAAAAGAAUUUACAUUAGGCAAUCACAGAGGACACCUUGGCGUUAAAUUUAAGAGGCUUGAUGAAAAAACAGAAAAAAAAACAUAGUCGGGAAUACGUAGAACGCGUAUAUAAAAGGCUUUCGAUGGGUAUAUCGAUUCAUUCUCUUGAACAUAAUGUUAAUAAUUAUUGUAAGAGCAUAUAAGCUGCUGACAAAGCUUCCCACGUGACGAAAUUUGACGGAAUUUGGAGUCGUAUAUUAACAACUGAACGCGACAACAAACUGUUAAAUUUUAGAGAAAAUUUAUUAUCGAUAUAUCUCAAUGUUAAUCGUGGCAGAUUGGGUAUCACCACAAUAUUUUUCGUUAAUAUAAGUACAUUUCCUUAUCUGUAAGUAUUAUUGAUCAUGUCUAAUCUAGAUUUAAUAUCUGCAUUGUUUGAGUGCCGAUGAAAUUCAUUCAAUAGUUUAUUUUUCAUCCUUUUUAAUGAUACAUAAAUUAGUGACACUGAUAUUCUUUAAAAAAAAUUAAUUGAUAUUCUUUAUAAUAAAAGUGUGACUGCAAGAUGUAAUUAUUCCUUUGUAGUUCUGUGGAUAGUUAGUUUCUGUUAAGUAAAAGAAUUGCAAAAGUAUAAAGUAAAAAAAAGUUUUGUCCACUGAAUUGACUUUUCAUGGGAAUCUAAAAUCUUUGAGAUUUUUUUGAAAUAUGUUUAAAUAAGUUGAGUACUCUCCAAUCUAAGGCAGUGCUUGCUGGAUAGCACAUUGUAAAAAAUUAAGUUUCAAAUCAGAAACAUUAUGUUAUACCGAUAAUUUAAAAAAUAUUUUUUUCAAUUUACUUAAAAUUGCGAAAUACAGGAUUAUUAUAAAUCAUAUUCAUCGUUAUAUAUACAUAUAAGAGAGCCUUAUUAUCUUAUUAACUUUUCUUUAAUAGUAUAGAUUCUUAAGUAUAAGUAUAGUAUACCUGGUAAUCCCCAAUCAGUUGACAUUGAAGAGAUUUUGCUAAUAAAUGCGUUCUUUAGUGUUGACUUGAUAAUGGACAACAUAAAAAAAUAUAAAAAUAUAAAAAAAAUGAAAAAUAUCACAAAAAGAAUAAAAAAAAGUGUUAAUAGCUUAUUAGGAAUAUAGGUAAAGAUAAGUACAGAAUGACGGACUAUAUUGUAUGUUAACUUCACGCAAAUAAUUAUCGAAAAUUUUGCCUCAAGUUUUUAAAUUGAUAAACAAUUCCGUGCGUUUUAUCUCGUCAGUUAGUAUUAUAUAUUCGUAUCUCUGACAUACACACACACAUGAGAAGUAAAUAUGUAUGCGUUUCUUAUUCAUACAUGAAGACGUAAUUACUAAAUAAACAUUUAAUAAAACU